AGUUUAUCCAAAUUAAUACUUUCACCCUACCUUUCAAAACAUUUGGAAACAGAAGCAGCCCUUUAUAUUACUCAGGAAAUUAAUCACAUUAAUAAAUAUAUGCAAGGGAAUCCACUCUUAGUCAAAAAGCUCUCCAAAGCUUUAAAUCCACUUGAACCUAUUGAUUUUUAUCAUGGUUACCUGAUUUAUUACCUUGAUAAUGAUCUUUAUAUUACAGAUAAUAUUGAUGAAAAUGAUGAAUCUUUGACUCCUUAUAUCUAUAAUUACAAAAUUGUACCAGAAUUAACAUCUCAUAAUAAUAAAUACCUUAUAAUAACUAACCAAGGUGGCGAUAGGGUUAUUUUAGAUGAAGAAAAUAGUAUUGCUAAUGAAGUUGAAGAAGAUAUUUUUGAACAAUUUCCUGAAGCUUUUGAAGACUCUAAAAUAUCUCUGAUUGGAGUUAUCCUACAAUAUCUCAAAAAAAAAAAAAUAUUCAGCUAG